CCAUUUUCAACCGCGUGGAGAAGAGAAAGAGAUAGAUAGAGAGAGAGAGAGCGCCACCAUUAUCUAUCCAUUGCCGCCACACUCUAAACCCUAAUUCUCAUCCUCAUGGAUCCUCAAACAACUCAAAUCCAGCAAGCGCAACUCGCAACGGUGCUCGGACCGGAUCCGGUACCGUUCGAGACACUCAUUUCUCACCUGAUGUCAUCGUCGAACGAACAACGAUCGGAGGCUGAACUUAUUUUCAAUCUAUGUAAGCAGAAUGAUCCAAAUUCUCUCGCUCUUAAGCUUGCUCAUCUUCUUCAACAUUCGUUAGCAGUGGAGGCGCGUGCGAUGUCCGCAAUUCUACUUAGGAAGCAGUUAACGCGGGAUGAUUCGUAUAUUUGGCCGUUGUUGACACCGUCGACACAGUCGUUGCUUAAAUCUGUGUUGCUUGGAUGUUUCCAGAGUGAGGAAGCGAAGACUAUUAUUAAAAAGUUGUGUGAUACCGUUUCUGAACUUGCUUCCAAUUUGUUGCCGGAAAACCAAUGGCCGGAGUUGCUGCCGUUUAUGUUUCAGUGUGUUUCUUCUGAUUCACCGAAGCUUCAGGAAUCUUCGUUUCUGAUAUUCUCACAAUUGGCACAGUAUAUUGGGGAAAUGCUUAUCCCUCACAUUAAGCAUCUCCAUGGUUACUUCUUGCAAUGUUUGACUUCCUCGGCUAAUUCGGAUGUGAAGAUUGCUGCUCUCAGUGCUGUGGUUAAUUUCAUUCAAUGCUUGACGAAUUCGAGUGAUCGAGAUCGUUUCCAGGAUUUGUUGCCGGUGAUGAUGCAGACGAUGUCUGAAGCUUUGAAUUCUGGACAGGAGGCUACUGCACAGGAGGCGCUUGAAUUGUUGAUUGAAUUGGCAGGGACUGAACCGAGGUUUUUUAGGAGGCAGCUGGUGGAUGUGGUGGGGAAUAUGCUGCAGAUUGCAGAGGCGGUAUCGUUGGAAGAAGGAACCAGGCAUUUGGCUGUUGAAUUUGUUAUAACUCUAGCUGAAGCUAGAGAGAGGGCGCCUGGCAUGAUGAGAAAGUUGCCACAAUUUAUUAGCAAACUGUUUUCUAUUUUGAUGAAUAUGCUUUUAGAUAUUGAGGACGAGGCGGCGUGGCACAGUGCACAGACUGAAGAUGAGGAUGCGGGAGAGACUAGUAACUACAGUGUUGGACAAGAGUGUUUGGAUCGUUUAGCGAUUGCAUUGGGUGGAAACACAAUUGUCCCAGUGGCAUCUGAGCAGUUGCCUGCAUAUUUGGCAGCUCCAGAAUGGCAGAAGCACCAUGCUGCACUUAUUUCACUUGCACAGAUAGCUGAAGGGUGUUCAAAGGUGAUGAUAAAAAAUUUGGAACCAAUAAUCAAGAUGAUUUUGGGUUCAUUUCAAGAUCCCCAUCCUAAAGUUCGAUGGGCAGCCAUCAAUGCUAUUGGGCAACUGUCAACAGACUUUGGGCCAGAAUUGCAAGUUCAGUACCAUCAACAGGUUCUUCCAGCUUUGGCUUCUGCAAUGGAUGAUUUCCAGAAUCCUCGUGUACAGGCACAUGCUGCUUCAGCUGUGCUCAAUUUCUGUGAGAAUUGCACCCCUGAUCUUUUGACACCAUAUUUGGAUGGAUUGAUCAACAAACUGCUAAUACUCUUACAGAAUGGUAAACAAAUGGUACAAGAAGGUGCCUUGACAGCCUUAGCAUCAGUUGCUGAUUCAUCACAGGAGCACUUCCAAAAAUACUAUGAUGCAGUUAUGCCUUACUUAAAGGCCAUCCUUGUUAACGCAACUGACAAGUCAAAUCGGAUGCUUCGUGCCAAAGCAAUGGAAUGCAUUAGUUUAGUUGGAAUGGCUGUUGGAAAAGACAAAUUCAGGGAAGAUGCUAAACAUGUUAUGGAUGUGUUAAUGUCAUUGCAAGGAACUCAGAUGGAAAGUGAUGAUCCUAUCGCAAGUUAUAUGCUGCAAGCAUGGGCCAGGCUAUGCAAAUGCCUUGGACAGGAUUUUCUACCUUAUAUGAGUGUUGUGAUGCCACCGUUGCUUCAAUCUGCUCAACUCAAACCCGAUGUGACUAUUACAUCCACAGAGUCUGAUGAUGAAAUUGAUCAGUCUGAUGAUGAAAGUAUUGAGACCAUUACAUUGGGGGACAAAAGAAUAUCAAUCAAGACGAGUGUCCUUGAGGAGAAAGCUACAGCAUGUAAUAUGCUAUGUUGUUAUGCUGAUGAGUUGAAGGAGGGUUUCUAUCCUUGGAUUGACCAGGUAGCUCCAACUAUGGUACCACUCCUGAAAUUUUAUUUCCACGAAGAAGUCAGGAAAGCAGCUGUUUCAGCUAUGCCUGAGCUAUUGCGAUCAGCAAAAUUGGCAGUAGAGAAAGGGAUAGCUCAAGGUCGUAAUGAGUCAUACAUUAAGCAGCUAACAGAUUACAUUGUACCAGCUUUGGUGGAAGCUCUACAUAAGGAGCCUGACACUGAAAUAUGUGCAAACAUGCUGGAUGCAUUGAACGAAUGUAUACAGAUAUCUGGUCUGCUCCUAGAUGAAAACCAGGUUAAGAGUAUUGUUGAAGAGAUAAAGCAAGCAAUCACUGCCAGUUCUAGCAGAAGACGGGAGAGAGAAGAGAGGACCAAAGCUGAAGACUUUGAUGCUGAAGAGAAUGAAAUAAUUAGGGAGGAAAAUGAGCAAGAGGAAGAAGUUUUUGACCAAAUUGGUGAGAUUCUUGGAACUUUGAUCAAAACAUUCAAGGCGUCUUUCCUGCCAAUGUUUGAUGAACUCUCAUCUUAUUUAACACCUAUGUGGGGGAAGGAUAAAACAGUUGAGGAGAGAAGAAUAGCAAUUUGCAUAUUUGAUGAUGUUGCUGAGCAUUGUCGUGAUGCAGCUUUGAAAUAUUAUGAGACAUAUCUUCCUUUCCUUUUGGAAGCUUGCAAUGAUGAGAAUGCAGAUGUUAGACAGGCUUCUGUAUAUGGUCUUGGUGUUUGUGCUGAAUUUGGUGGUCCUGCUUUUAGACCUCUUGUUGGUGAGGCUCUUUCCCGGUUAAAUAGAGUGAUAGCCGAUCCUAAUGCACUGAAAUCUGAGAAUGUAAUGGCUUAUGAUAAUGCUGUUUCUGCUUUGGGAAAAAUAUGUCAGUUCCAUAGGGAAAGCAUAAAUUCAUCUCAGGUUCUUCCCGCAUGGUUGAAUUGCUUACCUAUAAAAGGCGAUUUACUUGAAGCCAAGGUUGUCCAUGAUCAGUUAUGCUCAAUGGUAGAGAGGUCUGACACGGAACUCUUGGGUCCCAACAAUCAGUAUCUUCCAAAAAUUGUCACCGUAUUUGCUGAGGUUUUGUGUGCGGGCAAAGAUCUUGCAACGGAGCAAACAGCAAGCAGAAUGAUUAAUCUUCUGAGGCAGCUUCAACAGACAUUGCCACCAGCCACCUUAGCUUCAACAUGGUCAUCUUUACAUCCUCAACAGCAGCUUGCUCUGCAGUCUAUUCUCUCUUCGUAAAGAAAAUUUCAAUUGCGGUAUCUUGCUUUGUUCACUAUUAUGGCGUGAUUCAUAUAUAUUUUCCUCCCCUCCCAAUUCUUUGAUAUGGACAGUUGGCAGCCGUUCAUUGGUGGUUUUGUUAUUUUUUUUUACGAGUCUUACGCAUGUGUUUAGAAGGAAUUUCCUCCCCCUAAGUAGGGGCCUGUUUCCAUAAACGUUUUUGGUCAGUGAGAUUACUUUAUGUUUUAUUAAGUCGGGACGGUGAUUUGCCAAGGGGUAAAUUGCCGUCGCAGUUUUGGUCUUGUUCAUUUAUUAUUAUUUUUUAUUUAUUUAUUUAUGGGAUUGAGACUAUGAUUGAAGGAUUCAAGUUUAUAAAUGGUUAUUCUUUUUGCUGUUAUUGUA